AUGGAAACAAAACACACGAAAAAAGAUCUGAAGCAAGCCUUCUACGCGCAGUCGUUCUUAAAGAUAGUCGGUGUUUGGCCAAUUCCCAUCGAAUCCCCUUUGAGUUUGAAGAUACGAAAUUGGUUCAUAACUUUCUUCUCUCUUUUCUUGCAAAUAUGUAUCGUGGGUCCGUGCAUUUUGGUCGUGCUCCUAAAAGAGAAGAAUGGAAAGAGAAAGAUAAAUCUAUUCAAAUUGCUUACCAACACUCUGAAUCAAUUAUUCAAAUAUGUGAUCACAUUGAACAGAGCGAACGAAUUAGCAAUAGCCAUGGACGAGAUAAAAAACGAUUGGUUGACUGCCACAUCGGAGGAUCGGUGGAUUUUCGCGGCAAAUUCAAAAAUCGGUCAAAGAGUGAUGUUGAUAGUAGCUGUCACCGUAUAUAGCAGCGGUCUCGGUUAUCGAAUGCUUCUUCCACUUUUGAAAGGGAAAAUUGUCCUGCCGAAUAAUGUUACCAUAAGACUGCUGCCCUGUCCAACUUACUUUACUUUUUUUAACGAAUUAGUUAGCCCAUACUACGAGAUGAUCUUCAUGCUGCAAUUAUUGGCUGGAUUUUUCAGUUAUACAGUCCUCAAUGGCACUGUUGGGAUUUCCUUGAUGCUUUCUCUUCAUAUGUGUAGUUUAUUGAAGAUUUUAACGAGGAAAAUGGCCGAUCUCACAAAUGGAUCGAUUACUAGUGAGAAUAUUAUGCAAGAAAAGAUUGUGGAUAUUGUGGAAUAUCAAACAAAAAUCAAAAGAUUUUUGGGUAACGCAGAACUGAUCACCGAGUAUUUUUGUUUUUACGAUAUUGGCUGUAACAUGUGUCUUAUGUGUUUCAUAGGAUAUAGUGCUAUUCUGGAAUGGGAAAACCAUAAUAUCGCCGCUAUAGUAGUCCACUUUAUGCUGUUAGGGACAUGCAUUUUUAUUAUAUAUAUAGUUUGUUAUAUCGGUCAACUUCUUCUCGACGAAAGCAAUAAUUUAGCACAAACGUGUAUCACGUUAAGCUGGUACCAUUUUCCGAUAAGAAAGGCCCGAUGUUUGAUACUGAUGAUUAUUAUGUCCAAUUACCCUGUAAAACUAACGGCGGCUAAAGUGGUGGAUGUAUCUUUAACCACCUUCACCGAUGUCAUGAAGGCGGCAAUGGGUUAUUUAAAUAUGUUACGAGAAGUUAUUUAAUGUUAUCACUUAAACUUAUGAAAUGAAAUAAUAUGUUUCGAUAUAUAUAGAAAUAUUCUUGAUCACAACACUUAGAAAAAAC